CAGUAGGUAUCGUAUGGGUCGGAGAAUCGAAUCGAGUGUUCCGCUCUCUGUGCCUCUCAGUGCUAUUCAAUGCGGUGACGGUGUCAAUCGUAUUUCCGAGUAUCUAUAAACUGGACGUGGGCCUACACGGCCCUCUAAAAAUACAAAGAUCGCGCGUCUUUAUAAAAUCGAACAGAAGACCGUCGAAUUUAUGUGCAACUUACUUAGAUUUAGUUUAUAGUGCAAAUAAGUACAACCUUUACUUGGGUAUGAGGUCUUGUUAUUCCCGAUAAGAGAACAAAAGUUUUAUUAUAGUUGCUAAUUGAGGAAAUACAUUCCGUCUGGAUCUGCAUUUGUAAGGUUUUGCAUGAAAAAGUUUGAAAAAUGUCUGUCUUCAAUGUUAUUAACGUAGUCUUGGGCUGUGUGAUGGCCCUGCUCAUCAUACUUUUCACGAUUAGUUCCAUCGCCAGGUACUACAUAAAGUUCACACUAUUCGUCGUAUUGUCACUGGUGUUCGCGACAGCUCCAGUACCACUUAUGUUGUUAAAGCCUUUCGACCCCAAAAAUGCACUGAUACCAGCAGCGCUUUUGAGGCUUACGGCGAGGGUUCUGGGCAUCCGAUGGACAGUAAGGGGGCUGGAGAACGUGGACAACUCCCGAGGAGCGGUCGUGCUGCUUAAUCACCAAAGUGGAAUAGAUCUAUACAUAUUGGCCGUGUUAUGGCCGCUGAUGGAACGAUGCACGGUGGUGUCCAAACGGUCCCUUCAGUACUUAGUGCCCUUCGGCACGGCGGCCUGGCUCUGGGGCACGGUGUUCAUAGACCGCGGGGCGCAGUCAGCCCGAGACGCUCUCAAUAAGCAGGCGGAGGCUGUGAGAGAUCAAAAGCGCAAACUGUUGCUGUUCCCUGAAGGCACGCGGCACGGCGGCGACAAACUGUUGCCGUUCAGAAAGGGUGCCUUCCACGUGGCUAUGGAUGCGAGGGCGCCCAUACUGCCCGUCGUUGUCUCAAAGUACCAUUUUCUGGAUUCCAAGAGGAAACGUUUUGGUUCCGGUGAAAUAAUAAUUACGAUCUUGCCGAUGAUAGAAACCGAAGGCGUACCGAAAGAGGAGAUCCAGUCGCUGGUAGACAAGGCGCAGGCUAGGAUGCAGGAAGAGUUCACAAAGACUACGGCGGAGACAUUGGCUCGACGUUCCGUCCGCGCUAAGGCUGAUUAAAUACGAUGUUUGAAAAAAUCUUUACCCAAAAAAAGCUGUGAUAAAUACAUAGAAAACUGAAGUUUAGUGAUUUUGGUUGACGUUCUUGUUAUAUAGAUGUGUAUAUAUUUUAUACAAUAAAUAUAUUUAACAAAAUAAUUUUGUUUACUUAACUGAAUAAAACACAUUAAAUCCUG